UAUAUAACGGCUUGGCGGAGAAAACUUGGCAUUAGAUCGAACUUCACCUGCGAAACCAAAGGCUUGGCCUGGUGAACUUAUCGCCGUCGCUCUCCUCCCCACCUCGCUUUCCCAUUCCUCUUCUCUUCGACCUUCUCCUCCAUCGAUCUAGGGCUUUCUGUUCGUUGUCAUGGCUUCCACGAUGUUAUCUUUUGGCCUCUCCUCGCCGGUGGCCAUUCUCGAUAAUUCCAAGAGGAUCGGGGUCGGAAAGAGCGUUGGUGAUCUGUUUAUCAAGGGCAAGAUGUCUGGACGUGUACGAAUGGCUGUUUCUGUAAAUGUGUCUCGCUUUGAGGGUGUGACGAUGGCCCCACCAGAUCCUAUUCUUGGAGUUUCAGAAGCAUUCAAAGCUGAUACAAAUGACUUAAAACUUAACUUAGGUGUUGGAGCUUAUAGGACUGAAGAACUUCAACCUUAUGUUCUAAAUGUUGUCCAAAAGGCAGAGAAACUCAUGCUGGAAAAAGGAGAAAACAAAGAGUAUCUGCCUAUCGAAGGUUUGGCUGCAUUUAACAAGGCCACUGCUGAGUUGCUGUUGGGAGCAGAUAAUGCUGCUUUACAAGAAGGAAGAGUGGCAACUGUUCAAGGUCUUUCUGGGACUGGCUCCCUUCGUCUUGCAGCUGCAUUUAUUCAACGAUAUUUUCCUGAAGCAAAAGCUUUGAUAUCAUCUCCAACUUGGGGUAACCACAAAAACAUUUUCAAUGAUGCAAGAGUUCCCUGGUCUGAAUAUAGAUAUUAUGAUCCUAGAACUGUUGGUUUGGAUUUUGAUGGCAUGAUAGCAGACAUAAAGGCUGCCCCAGAUGGAUCUUUUGUUCUCUUACAUGGCUGUGCUCAUAAUCCAACCGGGAUCGAUCCAACUCCUGAACAGUGGGAGAAGAUUGCAGAUGUCAUUCAAGAGAAGAACCAUAUCCCUUUCUUUGAUGUUGCAUAUCAGGGAUUUGCGAGUGGCAGCCUUGACGAAGAUGCAUCUUCUGUGAGGACAUUUGUCGCACAUGGGAUGGAACUUCUGGUUGCUCAAUCGUAUAGUAAAAAUCUUGGGUUAUACGCAGAAAGAAUUGGAGCUAUCAAUGUUGUCUGUUCAUCUCCUGAUGCAGCUACAAGGGUGAAAAGCCAACUGAAGAGACUAGCCCGGCCAAUGUACUCAAAUCCUCCGGUGCAUGGUGCUAGAAUAGUGGCCAAUGUAGUCGGAAAUCCAACUCUUUUCAAUGAGUGGAAAGAAGAGAUGGAACUGAUGGCCGGUCGGAUUAAGAAUGUAAGGCAGAAGCUGUUUGACAGUCUCUCGCAGAAGGAUAAAAGCGGGAAAGAUUGGUCUUUCAUUCUUAAACAGAUUGGCAUGUUCUCCUUCACCGGUUUAAACAAAGCUCAGAGUGAUAAUAUGACAAACAAGUGGCAUGUAUACAUGACCAAGGACGGAAGGAUAUCUUUGGCCGGUCUUUCUCUGUCCAAAUGCGAAUACCUUGCCGAUGCUAUUAUCGACUCUUUCCACAAUGUCAGUUAAGAUGAGAUCAGUUCUCGAGCUCUUUUGUAUGAUAGGCUAUGCUGGAACUUUUUGAUCUUGUUCCAGUUUACGUGAGCUUUUCUAGGUAACUUCUGCUCAUCAAGUUAUUGAUGCUGUGAAAUAAGUAAUAGAAACUCCGAAAUAUAUCUAUCUUAAGUUUUAGCA